UGCCUGGAAGAGGAACUCGCCCGAAGCCAGAGGCGGGAACUCCGUUGCCCGUGAGGCCGCGCUCGCUGUCUUGUGAGUGCAGAGAGGGAGCGGCGCCCAUGGACACCGCGGGUGGCAGAGGGGCGCGGGCCAGGCGGGGGACACGUACCACUGCUCCGCGGGGCCGGGGCACGGAGAAGGGCGCAGCCCGAAGCCCCUCACGGGGCCGCGUCGCGGAUGAAGGCUCGAGCGCCGUCGCGACCCUCCGGGCACCGCGGACGGACGGAGCCCCCGCUCGGGGCGGCCGCCCGGCGCGGCGAGCCUCCGCCGCCCCGGAGCUGCCAGCGGGCAGCGUAGAGGCGCUCUCCGCCCCGCGGAGCAGGGCGCCGACCGCCAGAGCCCCCGCGGCCCCGCAGAGCGUCGCGGCGGUGCCCGACGGGGUCCCUGCCUCCAGCCGUCGCCCCCCGCCGGCGUCGGACGCCUUGCGGCUCCGGGAGGUGCUGUCGAGGCUCAGCCUGCCCCGCGAAGACGUGUCCAAGGCUUCGACGCUGGUGAACAGGGCGGUCUCGCACCUGGUCCAGGCCAUCCGCGGCAAGGACAGCUUCUUCAGCUCUAUCGAGCCGCUUAACGCCGGCAGCUACUACGAGCAUGUCAAGAUAUCUGAACCAAAUGAGUUUGACAUCAUGCUUGUAAUGCCUGUUACAAGGAUUCAGCUGGAUGAGUCUGAUGACACUGGUGCCUACUAUUAUGUAUCAUUCAAAAGAAGUCCCAAAGAAAAGGAUUGGUUGAAGUUUUUAGAGGAAGAUGGAAAAUUAUCAGCCAUUAAAAUGCUUCAAGCACUAAGAGAAAUUAUUAAACAGGAAGUAAAGAACAUUAAAGAUAUGGAAGUCACUGUGGCAAGGAAAAAGGCUGGAAGCCCUGCAAUAACUCUUCAGAUCAAAAAUCCUCCAUCAGAAAUAUCACUGGACAUCAUCUUGACUUUGAAGGCUCAGCAGAACUGGCCCCCCAGCACACAGGGUGGCCUCAAAAUUGAACAGUGGCUGGGAACAAAAAAGAGGCAGAACUUCAGAUUUAAACCACUUUAUUUAGUAGCCAAGCAAAACAAAAGAGAAAAAGUUCUAAGAGGGAACACCUGGCGACUCUCCUUCUCGCACAUCGAAAAGGACAUGAUAAAGAACCACGGCAACUCAAGGACAUGCUGUGAAUCCAAUGGACUCAAGUGCUGUAGGAAGGGUUGUCUUAAGCUGCUGAAGUUUCUUCUAGAGCAACUUAAAAUGAAACAUCCAAAAGAAUUGGAAAAAUUCUGUUCCUAUCAUGUCAAAACUGCUUUUCUCCAUUCCUGUGUCACGUGGCCAAAUGACACAGACUGGCAUUUGGGAAACCUGGAUCAUGCCUUUCAGCAGUGUCUGGGACUUUUUAUGGAUUGUCUGCAAAAGUCUCAGCUGACUCACUUCUUUAUUCCCCAAUACAACUUGCUCAGCCUAGAAGAUAAGGCAAGACAUCAUUUCCUUUCAAGAAAACUAAGCCAUGAAUUAAACAACGGAUUCCCAGUAUUUCAUGAGAAUCAUUAAGAACAGUGUUCACAAUAGAUAUCUAAUCAUGUUGACUUGCAUAUUUGAAAGAAAAAACUCUGCACCAUAAACGACACUUCAGUAGUCUGUACUACAAAACCCAAAUCAAAAUAAAAUCAAGACCACUAAGAGAAAAAUGUGUAUUUCAGUCACACUGCUUAGCCAUAACCCUUAAAAUAAAUGUUUUAAGUAAUAUUUACCUUGUCUAUCCAAAUGUGGAUGUGACCUGCAAAGUAUCCUCAAGGUAUACUAAGAACAUAUAGAAGAAUUUGCAAUAGUUCAUUCCCCACAUGUAAUUUCUAUGCUUCCAAAUACAAAGGCAUCAAUGACUGCAUAAAGGGAAAACUGAUAAUUUUAUUUAAAAUUAAGAUCCACUGCAGAAUAUCCAAAAUACACUCCUACUUUCAAAGAAAAAAAAAAAAAAAGUCACUGGAGUUACUUUGACAUUAGCCAGAACUUCUCCAGAUUACCUGCGUGGAUAUGAAGAUCUUUUGCAGAAGACAAUCGCCAGCAACAGUUGGCAGAAAGGGAAUAUUUUAUCUGAGUAAUAUAAAGUUCCUGAACUUCUCCUUUCCGAGUCUUCAGAAUUACUUUAGAAAUCAGUCUUUUCAUUGGGCUUUGGAUGGGAAAAAAUCGUUACCUAAUUUGCUGCAACAGAGUAAAUGGUUUUCUGCCAAUGAGCAUUUAUUUGAUUUAUUUUAUUUAUAUGAUGAAUCAUGUAGAAAGAAAUGCAUCUUUCAACCUGUAUCAAAGAGGAAGACUCUUGAUAUAAAAGGUUUUCAAAACCAAAAUGCAGCAUGAACUGGACACUGCUGAAAUUGAAAUUCUUAUCCAUUUUUCUCAUAUUGAAGAAAUCUAUGUUAGGAAAAAAAUAAUUAUAAUAUUUCCUAUUUCAGGUGAGAAGUACACAGCAUUUGAGAACUGCUGUGCUGCAAAUAAAUACAUCUUUUGCUUCUACUUAUAGAAGCCAUAGGAAGUCCAUCUAUUUAGCCUACUAUUUUUAGCCUUCUUAGGAAGGCAAAAUAACCUACUGGCUUGAAUAAUGCCCAGAUUUACCUCAAUUAUGAGAAAAUUAAGAGGGAAGAAUAUUUAGAGAGUAAUUUUACUAAAAAAAAUUAUAAUUUUACUUAAUUUUGUUUAUUAGUUUUUAUUUAAUCAUAUGACACAUAAAUAACCA